UUCACUUAUCACUGUAUUGUUUUGUAAUAUCAACACAAUGUCGUAUACGUUACGUGUCGAUUACCUCAUUAAAGAUAGAGUAAAGUACCACCACCUCACAGAUGUUAUUAUAAACUACAAACACAUUACAGAAGACAGAGUAAAGUACCACCAUCUCACAGAUUCUAGUGUAAAUUACCACCAAGUCACAGAAUCUA